AACAGAAAUGUCCACACCUGUCCAGGUGUGGGUCUGGCUGGGUUGGGCGGGGCUGCUCUCUGACUGGCUCUUUAAAUGGUUCAGAAAUUCAGAAAUCUUUUUCUUGCCAAAGUUUCUAAACUGUGAACUAAAACAGUAAAGUCCGUUGUUUCACACGCACGCGCGCUAGCUCGCUAACUUCCUCAAACCAGCACUUCCUCUCUUUGGACUUCCUCGUCUUCCGAAGCCACGCCCACCCGGGUCAGCCUGAUAGGGUCCAGCUGUCCCUGCCGCGCGCACACCAUCGGUGACACGCUCAGAAGCUGCACGCGCUCCCACACGAACACACCUGUACAAGGAGACAGGAGCUGCGCGCGCAGGAGGAGGAGGCUGAUGAACGGCUGAUAUGGAUGUGACGGGCAUCUGAGCAAACCACGCUGACUGGAAGAAGAUAAAGUCUGACGGGCCUGAAGUCAAGAAACUCAUCCAUCAGCAUCUAGAGCUUGUUGAGGCAGAACCAUGCAGACCGUAAAGUGUGUGGUUGUGGGGGAUGGUGCCGUGGGGAAGACCUGCCUCCUCAUUUCCUACACCACCGGAGCCUUUCCGAAGGAGUACAUCCCCACAGUGUUUGACAACUACAGUAGCCAGGUGACGGUGGAUGGCCGGGUCAUCAGUCUGAACCUGUGGGACACAGCGGGUCAGGAGGAGUAUGACCGUCUGAGGACUCUUUCUUACCCGCAGACCAACGUCUUUGUCAUCUGCUUUUCCAUCUCAAGCCCCGCCUCCUUCGAGAACGUCAAACACAAGUGGCACCCAGAGGUGUCCCACCACUGUCCUGGCGUUCCCAUCCUCCUGGUGGGCACAAAGAGUGACCUCCGAAACAACGAGGAGCUGGUGAAGAAGCUGAAGGAGCAGAACCAGGCACCCAUUAGCCACAGUCAGGGAACUAGCUUGGCACGCCAGAUCCAGGCCCUGCGCUACCUGGAGUGUUCGGCCCUGAACCAGGACGGCAUUAAGGACGUGUUUGUGGAGGCUGUAAGGGCCUACCUCAACCCGCAGCCCACCGUCAACAAGAGGCCCUGCGUCCUGCUGUGAAGCUGGCCGCCUGCCGCAGAGACUCCUCGAACUCUUUGAUGUUUUUUUUAAAACUUUUCUUAGUUUUAUAUCAGUUAAUUAGAAAAUUACUGAAACAUUUACAUUUAUAACCUUUAAUUUCCAGCAGGUUGUGUGACUUUGUGUCCGGCGUAUGGACGUAUCUGAGCGCGUGCAGCAUUAGCCGGGACCUACAGUUUACCAUGAAGAGGUUUAUGACCCAGGGCUCGGUUUACUGCUAAAAUAUUCAGGUUCACAAAUGAUCAUUUGACUAAAUAAUAUUCUACAAAUUUCUGUUUCAAAAUCCUAUUUUAAAUUAGGAAAUUGACUUUUCCCUAACAAGAGAUUAGAGAGAACAGCGAGUCAUUUAUACAAGUUAUGUUUACAAUAAAAAGUAAAAAAAAAAAAAAAAAAAUUGGCUGUUUCUGUCCUAAGUGCAAGAAAUGGAUUUAAAUCGAUAACUCAACCCAAAAUUUCCAGCAUUUGAUGAGCUGAAAUCAGUCUGCCCUUUGGCACAAAUCAUUUGCUCUUUAUUAAAAAAAAUCUUUUUCUGAGAGUGUAGGUUUCCUGAAAUGCAUCUGUAUCUCUGCUGCUUGUUUUGAGCAAACCAAAGCAGGAGUUUCUGCUGCCUCUUCUGCAUUUGUAAAGCUAACCGGCCGCUCCAAAAGGAAGCGGUUCUGAACAGGGAGACAGUGGCAGAAAGUGGGACAAACGGGCAAACUGCUGAGACCCAGACAGGCGGGAAGGUCUCAAAGCUAAAUUCAGCAACACAGCUGUCCUAUAAACACCCCAAUAAAGUCUUCUGCAGCUUUUUCAGAAUGACUGAAUGGCUUUGAGGCAGAACCUUCCUUGUUUUCAGGACCAUGAGCCCAUGACUGCUCUUUAUCACGCUGCUUCAAACUGCUGUGAAUUGUUCCAAAAACAGCUCAAGCGUGGAAUCACACCACAAGCAGAACCGCAGAAAUCCUUAUUUUAAAUGUUGCUUAGAAAUGCUUUAGAAAUUAAUAACUUUAAAAAUAAACUUUUUGUUACUGUUUUGGUAUGAAGUCUUGGUGGUAAUCCAAUGGCUCUACAUCAUACUGACAGUCCUAUUGGAGCUGGCCCUAAUUAUAUUUUAUGGUGCCGCUGUCAGUCAAAUCCCCAACAGAAUCUUUAAUUCAGCCAAAUUAUGAAAAGAAAGGAAGUUGGCAAGCAACGGAAAGUCAUUUUUUUCUUAAACGUCACUGAGCACGAGCAAACAGCUGACGGUGCUUGCCAAAAAGCCAUUUAUUUGUAUUGUUGGCAGCUGAUAAAUUAUUUACCAAAAUUAGAAAUAUCCCGGCACAAACCGCCUGGUUUUUACUGUGAAGAAAGACGAUGCUCAAAGGUAUUAAAGAAUGUAAUAAAGUGUUUUAAAAAGUUUCAAGACUAGCCCUAGCAAACAUCUGACCCCUGUUUGCUUUAAAUAAAUUUUAGUCUCAUUAACAUGAUAAAAAUGUUCUAUUUUCACUGUAUAUUUUCACUAUUAAUGCAUUAAAAUCCUCCUGCCUGCUGU